AUGGUGAUUUCUUCUUCUCUCAGCCGCCCCGACGUCCGACCUUCCCCUGAUCCCAAGAAGCGCAAGACCUUAGAGUCUGGUUCUUCUGGUGAGGUUAAGGCGGAUGCUCUUGCGUUUGUCCGAAAGAAUAUCUAUCCUCAUGCUCGUAUAGGCAUGGAUGAUAUCUCUGUUCGAAGCCACCUUACCACUAUGAUCGAGGAGAGUCUCAAAGCGGCGGGGAGACCAGAAGGAAACCCAUUAGACCUUAACAAUUUGCCCGAUGACUACAAUAGAGAUCAUGGCAAACAACUCCUCCAAGACACCUUCUCUCCCGGUUGCAGGAAAAAGAAAAGCGGCGGCGGUAAGGAUGGAAAAGAGGAGUGUGGGAAGGUGUAUGAGUGUAGAUUUUGUUCCCUCAAGUUCUGCAAGUCCCAGGCUCUUGGGGGACACAUGAACCGCCACCGCCAAGAGAGGGAAACAGAGACGCUGAACCAUGCCCGUCAGCUGGUGUUUCGUAACGAUCACACCCUUGCUGCUCAUCAACCUCCACCUCACUUAGGAUGCUGUCAAGACCCAACAGCGGCAGCUCUCAGAUUCCCAAGAUACUUCUCUGCGUCAUCCACGUCAUCAACCGCUGCUGCAUCUCAUCAUCAGCCCUAUCUAUACGCUUCACCAUCCAGGCCACCGCCGGUCUCCUUCCCGGGGGCUCAUCACCAGUUCGCUCCACCUCCUCACGAUUACUACGUGGGCCAUGUCCUCAGCUAUGGCGGUGCGGCGGAGUCAUCAGCAGGAGCAGGAGCAGGAGGAGGCAGUUACACGUGCAUAGGUGCACCGGUGGUGGGACAAGCAGGGAAGGAGAGGGAGCAGGAAGGGUCGUUGAAUUGGGGAAGAUCAUCAUCAACAUCGGGAUCACAGCCUCAUCAUCGUUUGGAUCCUCCUUCAGCGAUCAAUCGGUUUCAAGAUGGGUUCUAA